AUGAUGGUGAUGCGGGCAAGAAACUCGAUUUUGUACGAGAAAGAAUACAACACCCUCGAUUGGAAGAAGGAGAUUGGAGAAAGAAAGGGAUCAGCUCUGGUUCAUCUACUACUUCUCAUCUUCUCUUUACUUGCUUUGGGUUUCGCCACUGGAACCAUUCACAGACACAAGGUUACAAAUUCAACAUAUUGUGUUUAUAGAUCCGAUGUUGCAACUGGAUAUGGUGUUGGGGCUUUUUUGUUUCUCUUGUCAGGUGAAUCAUUGCUUAUGGGAGUGACUAAGUGCAUGUGUCUUGGAAGGCCUUUAGCACCUGGCGGAAAUCGUGCUUGGACCAUCAUCUAUUUUACAUCAUCAUGGUCGAGUUUUUUUGGUAGCAGAAGCUUGUCUAAUUGCAGGGGCAAAGAAGAAUGCUUACCAUACGAAAUACAAAGGGUAUGACGAAAAAGCUUUUCUUUUGUGAAACAUUAAGGAAAGGUGUUUUCAUUACAGGAGUGGUCUUUGUUGUUGCAAGCAUGAUUCUGAAUGCAUAUUACUUCACC